AUGCCAGGUUCCCCGAGUUCUACAGCUGUUGGCUCUGGUGGACGGUCACCAAGUAAGGUGUCUGCUGCCCCACGAUCAUCAAGUGGCAGCACAGUAAGACAACGCAAAUCCACUACCACUACAACUGCAGCCAGAAAUCGUAGCACUGGUGCUGGUUCGGGUGGUAUGUGGCGAUUUUAUACAGAUGAUUCUCCUGGCGUGAAAGUAGGUCCUGUCCCGGUGUUAGUUAUGUCUCUUCUCUUCAUUGCAUCAGUUUUUAUGCUUCACAUUUGGGGCAAAUAUACCAGAGCAUAA